GGAGGUGAUAAAGGGAGCCGCCAGCGCCUCGGGGCUGUUCUUGGCGAAAGUUCCCCGUAACGGUUGGAAAGGGAUUUACAGUACCAGGAAACCAAACAUCACACCAUCCCACCAGCGCAACCAUGGUUAAAUCGGAGAAGAUGGAGAUGUACCAGAUGCAGGGGAAGGGGGGCCCAGGAGGCAAUGAGAAGAAGAAAAAGAUGAAGAAGAAGGAACGGUUGGAAGGAAUGAAGAAGGAGAUGGAUAUUGAUGACCACGAGAUCAGUAUCGAGGAGCUGGAGGAGAAGUACGACACCAGUGUCGAGCGGGGGCUGAGCAACGCCAAGGCGGAGGAGGUGCUGUUGCGCGAUGGGCUGAACGAACUGAAGCCACCCAAGGGCACCCCGGAGUACGUGAAGUUUGCCCGGCAGCUGGCCGGCGGCCUCCAGUGCCUGAUGUGGGUCGCCUCUGUCAUCUGCUUCAUUGCCUUCGGCAUCGAGGCGGCCAGGGGCAACCUCGCCGGAUACGAUGAUCUGUACCUGGCCGUGACCCUCAUCGCGGUGGUGGUGGUGACCGGCUGCUUCGGUUACUACCAGGAGUUCAAGAGCACCAACAUCAUCGCCAGCUUCAAGAAUCUCGUGCCCCAGCAAGCGACAGUGAUUCGGAAUGGGGAGAAGUUCCAGGUGAACGCCAACCUGCUCGUGGUGGGAGACCUCGUGGAGAUCAAGGGGGGCGACCGAGUUCCUGCCGACAUCAGGGUCAUCACCGCCAUGGGCUGCAAGGUGGACAACUCCUCGCUGACUGGGGAGUCGGAGCCAGUGACCAAGGGACCAGAAUGCACCCACAGUAACCCACUGGAGACCAAAAACAUCGCCUUCUUCUCCACCACCUGUCUGGAAGGAGUCGGCACGGGCAUCGUCAUUAACACAGGGGACCGCACCAUCAUUGGCCGCAUUGCCAGUCUGGCCUCAGGCGUUGGCAACGAGAAGACACCCAUCGCCAUCGAGAUCGAGCACUUUGUUGACAUCAUCGCCGGCCUGGCCAUUUUCUUCGGAGGCACAUUCUUCUGCGUUGCCAUGGUCAUCGGCUACGAGUUCCUGGAGGCCAUGAUCUUCUUCAUGGCCAUUGUGGUGGCCUAUGUCCCUGAGGGUCUCCUGGCAACCGUCACGGUCUGUCUUUCGCUGACUGCCAAGCGAUUAGCCCGUAAGAACUGUGUGGUGAAGAACCUGGAGGCAGUAGAGACACUGGGAUCGACCUCUGUAAUCUGCUCAGACAAGACAGGGACUCUGACACAGAACCGGAUGACGGUGUCUCAUCUGUGGUUUGACAAUUACAUCCACUCUGCUGACACCACAGAGGACCAAUCAGGUCAGAGCUUUGACCAGACUUCGGAAACGUGGAGAGCACUGUCACGUGUGGCCACCCUCUGCAACCGCGCCAUCUUCCGCCCCAACCAAGAAGGCACCCCCAUCCCCAAGAGGGAGGUGAUCGGCGACGCCUCUGAGACGGCGCUGCUCAAGUUUACCGAGCUCACCAUCGGCAACGUGUGCGACUACCGGAACCGGUUCCGCAAGGUCAACGAGAUCCCCUUCAACUCCACCAACAAGUUCCAGCUGUCGAUCCACGAGAUGGAGGACCCGCUGGACUUGCGCUACCUGCUGGUGAUGAAGGGGGCGCCAGAACGGAUCCUGGAACGCUGCAGCACCAUCAUGAUCAAAGGGCAAGAGCUGCCCCUCGACGGGCAAUGGAGGGAGGCCUUCCAGACCGCCUACCUCGACCUGGGGGGUCUGGGCGAGAGGGUGCUCGGGUUCUGCCAUAUUUACCUGCCAGAGAAGGAGUACCCCCGUGGCUACAACUUUGACACCGACGAGAUGAACUUCCCCACCAGCGGGCUCUGCUUCGAUGGCCUGAUAUCGAUGAUUGAUCCUCCCAGAGCCACCGUCCCAGAUGCGGUGGUGAAAUGCCGUACAGCAGGGAUCCGAGUGAUCAUGGUGACCGGUGAUCACCCCAUCACUGCCAAGGCCAUCGCCUGCAGCGUGGGCAUCAUCUCCGAGGGCAGUGAGACCGUGGAGGACAUCGCAGCUCGCAGGCGGAUCCCAGUGGAGCAGGUCGACCGGAGGGAGGCAAGAGCAGCGGUAAUCAGUGGCGGUCAGCUGAAAGACAUGACCUCGGACGAACUGGUGGACAUCCUGCGGACUCACCCUGAGAUGGUGUUUGCCCGUACCUCGCCCCAGCAGAAACUGAUCAUCGUGGAGAGCUGUCAGAAACUGGGAUUCAUCGUGGCCGUCACAGGGGAUGGGGUGAAUGACUCCCCUGCACUGAAGAAAGCAGACAUCGGGAUCGCAAUGGGAAUCGCCGGCUCGGACGCGGCCAAAAAUGCUGCUGACAUGAUCCUCCUGGAUGACAACUUCGCCUCCAUCGUCACGGGUGUGGAGCAAGGUCGACUCAUCUUCGACAACCUGAAGAAGUCCAUUGCGUACACGCUGACGAAGAACAUUCCGGAACUGGCGCCGUACCUGAUCUACAUCACCAUGAGUGUUCCCCUUCCUCUGGGGUGCAUCACCAUCCUCUUCAUUGAGCUGGCCACCGAUAUCUUCCCGUCCGUCUCCCUCGCCUACGAGAAGGCGGAAAGUGACAUCAUGCACCUGAGGCCGCGGAACCCUCGCAAGGACCGGCUGGUCAACGAGCCGCUCGCUGCCUACUCCUAUUUCCAAAUUGGUGUAAUCCAAUCCUUUGCUGGCUUCACUGACUACUUCACGGCGAUGGUCCAGGAAGGCUGGUACCCACUGCUGUGCAUCGGACUACGGGCACAGUGGGAAGAUCAGAGUUUAAAUUCCCUGCAGGACAGCUACGGACAGGAGUGGACUUACUGGCAGCGGAGAUACCAGCAGUACACUUGCUACACCGUCUUUUUCAUCAGCAUCGAGAUGUGCCAGAUAGCUGACUGCCUCAUCAGGAAGACGCGCCGCCUCUCCAUGUUCCAGCAAGGGGUCUUCAGAAACAAGGUGCUGCUGUCUGCCAUCAUCUUCCAAGUGCUGCUGGGUAACUUCCUGUGUUAUUGUCCCGGGAUGCCCAACAUCUUCAACUUCAUGCCCAUACGAGGGCAGUGGUGGCUCGUACCGAUGCCUUUUGGCUUAUUGAUAUUCAUUUACGACGAGAUUCGGAAGCUGGGAGUUCGACGACAUCCUGGCAGUUGGUGGGACAAAGAACUUUAUUACUAAAAUGCCUACAACUCAGCCACAAGCCUCAAAGCCAAUCCCUGAUUUUAUUUGCCAGAUUUUCCUAGUGCAGACAACUUAUUUAUGAAGUGCGUGUUAAUCAUUGUCUCCAUGUGCAGGGUUGUGAGAUUUGGUGAGUGUGAUUGAGAAGGCAGCUUAAUGCAGUGUCUUGGAAGCUAAUCAUUGUAGAAUAAAUCUCAU